AUGAAUAAAGCAUUUAGAGCAUCAUUUGAAUAUGGUGGAAAGAUUAAUUGGUUCCCAGGUCACAUGAUCAAGGCGAGUAAAGAGGUGAGAGAGACGUUAAAGAGGAUCGAUAUAGUGUUGGAGAUUAGAGACUCGCGUGCACCCAUCUCGUCCGAGAACCCUCUACUCAGUGAUAUUAUCAAAGAAGAGCAACGAGAGAAUACAAGUCAUGUCAUCAUCUUUAACAAGGCUGAUCUGUCCAACCAUAACCUUCAAAAGAAAAUACAACAAAAGUUUGAAAACAGAGACAAAGGUGUGUCGGUCGCAUUCACUCAAGCUGCCAUGUCAAAGGCAGCAUCUCAUGCGGGACAGUCUGCAGCGGCACUCUCCCAAAUAUCACAUCCUCGUCAUCCCUACAACGCAGUUGUCACAGCCAUCAAAUUUCACAAAGACUGGCUCAAUGAAAAGAAAAGACAACAACAAGAAAUCCAAUUACAAAGAUUACAAGAACAAAAAGAUGAAAAGGAACGAAUAGAACAAUUAAAUAAUAAUAAUAAUAUAAAUGGAUCAACUAAUAUGAUAAAUACAACAACUACAACUACAACUUCUACACCUAUCCAACCAAAGAAAAUCAAUACAACUAAAAUAGAUUCAAGUAAAUUAAAAAAGGAAUUAAAUUUGAUGGUGAUUGGGUUACCCAAUCUUGGUAAAUCAUCUAUUAUCAAUUCUAUUAGAACGGCAUCGAGUAUGGCAAAGAGUGCCAAAACUGGUGCGUUGCCAGGUGUCACCAAACAUAUUAGUGGAUUCAGAGUGUUGGAUGAUCCACCCGCAUUCCUCGUCGACACUCCGGGUAUCAUGAUUCCCGGCUCAAUGAAGGAUAUCGAACAUGCAUUGACACUGGCAGCCAUUGGAAGUAUCUCUGAACGAAUCAUUGACAUCAAGGUGGUGGCAGACUUUUUACUCUUUAAAAUGAAUCAGCUCGGUCAGACUACCUAUGUCAAGGCAUUGGACUAUCCAGAAGGUCCAACCGACGACAUUCACAAACUACUCUCACACAUGUGUAUGAAACAUGGUUUCAUCAACAACCACAACACACUCGAAAGUCUAAAGAACUCUUCAAGCAGUCACAACAGCUACGAUUACAAUCAAGCUUCAAAAUUAUUUUUACAAAUGUAUCGUGAUGGUAAAUUUGGUCAUUUCUCUCUUGACAAGAUACCUCCAUAA